AAAUGUAUUCCUGUGUUGUCACCUGUAGUUUUCUAUUUUGCAUCACACUUGGAAUAUCACAAAUAGUUCCUUAUCGUGAUCCGAAACGUUUGUGUGAAAUGGGAGAUGCUGAUUGUUUUAAGAAAGUGUGUCCAACUCGUGCAAAUGAAGUCUACGAUCCUUGCUCUGGACAUUGUCAACCACAAUGUGAAAUGGCAGUGAGACCAUGUAAAUUAUUAUGCAUGCCUGGAUGUGCUUGUGCACCAGGCUAUUGUCGUCUUGGUCCUUUACACUAUGCUAGGUCGAAAUGUAUAAGUUGGGAAGCCUACAGUGGAGGAAGUAAUGAUACUACCGCUAAUAUAACUGCUGGUGCUGAUGAUGCUGCUGGUGCACCGAAAAAUGGAACUUUAAAUGGCGAUUCUGGAGAUGAAAAACCUGUAAAUGUCGAACUUGGAGAUGUGGGAACCACUUCACCGGAAGAAUAAUAAUUGAUAAUG